GUUUGCCCCACUCAACCAACAAAUUCACUUUUUGGUGGCGCAUGCUAGAAAAAGAAUCACAUGACCAGGGUUUACUUAGCCCUUUGUGGUAAAUUUGACGAAUCCUAGUCUGUUCGGUGUGACUCUUCCACUUUCAACCCUCAUCCGAGAAGCGCCAAGACGUUGGUAUUCAUCAGCAAAAAACCGCCCACAUCGAUCGAUUUCUCCUGUUAAUCAACUUCAUCGACUCCCCGACAGUCUACAUCACAACACUAGCAAAGAUGGGAAAAGUUCACGGAUCCCUCGCCCGUGCCGGCAAGGUCAAGUCUCAAACCCCUAAGGUUGAGAAGCAAGAGAAGUCCAAGACCCCUAAGGGUCGUGCCAAGAAGAGACUCACAUACACCCGACGAUUCGUUAACGUCACCUUGACCGGUGGCAAGAGAAAGAUGAACCCCAACCCCGGCUCAUAAGCAUAACGCUACGCUUACCCUCUUGAGAGCAGCCAACGUCGUAUUCGAGAGGAUCUGGAAGGCGAUGGACGAGCAGAUACUCGACC